AUGGCAUCUGAAUGCACCAGCAAUUUUACUACCCUGCCAGGCUGCGCACACCCGCUGACAAGCUGCAAGGAUGAAGAUUUCUUACAGGUGAAAUCCUAUGUCUCCAUCCUUUACGGCCUAAUCUUCCUGGUGUGCUUCCCAGGCAACAUCGUGACAAUUCUUGUUUACUUUGUCAAGAUGAGGCCCUGGAAAAGCAGCACCAUCAUGAUGUUAAACCUGGCUAUCACUGACCUAUUAUAUGUAGCCACGCUUCCUUUCUUUAUACACUACUCUGCUAAUGGAAAUAACUGGAUUUUUGGAGACUUCAUGUGCAAGUUUGUUCACCUUUGUUUCUACUUCAACAUGUACAGCGGUAUCAUCUUCCUUAGCUGCUUCAGCAUCUUCCGCUUUUUUGUAGUUGUCCACCCAAUUAAAUGCUUUUUUGUUCAAAACCGGAGAUGGGCAGUGGUGACUUGCACAGUAGUUUGGACGAUUUCCUUGGCAGCCGUCAGCCCCUUGGGCAUCUUGAUUGCCACGAGGCAGACGCAGAACAGGACGAUCUGCCCGGACCUGGCUGCCGCUGAGGACCUUGACACUAGUCGGUGGUAUAACUGGCUGCUGACUGGCCUGGCCUUCUUCUUGCCCUUGCUGACGGUGACUCUGUGCUACACGCUCAUUAUUUACACCUUGGCUAUCGGGCCCCACACGCGGGCUUGCUACAAGCUAAAGGCUCGCAGACUCGCUGUCAUCCUCUUGGUGGUCUUCUAUGUGUGCUUCCUCCCCUACCACAUCUUUCGAGGGAUUCGGCUGGAGCUCCGAGUACGACUGGUUAGCUGCCACUUGAAGAACACAAUCCUUCUUAUGUUCAUUAUAGCUAAACCUUUAGCAGCGUUAAAUACUUUUGGAAACUUACUGCUCUACGUAGUGACGGGAGACAACUUCCAGCAGGCGAUCCUCUCGCUCCUCAAGUUUCAGACAAACAAGAACUUGAAGAGACUGAUGCCAUCAAAGAGUCACGGAGGAAGGGUCCAAACCAGCCCUCAACCAGCCAGUCACAGCCUCCCUGCCAUCAGAGUACUCAGGUUAACCCUGCCAGCGCCAAAGGAGAGUUAA